AUGCCAUCCCCAAAUAAACGCAAAGAAUUAUUAUCAGAAGGUAUCCAAGCCAAAAAUAGUGAUACAUGGGCUAAGUAUAUUUACCAGGAAGCUUUUAAUAUAAAAGAUAAAGAUCUUGGUCCUGGAUGGCUUGAUUUUAUUCAGAAAGUUAAGGAGAAUAUAAAAGGGAUGUGA